AUGAAGCAGCUGCAUGUCCUGAUUAGUGCAUUUUCAUGUCUCUUGUGUUUAGUAGUUGUUGAUUCAAUAACACAUCCGAGAGAUGUAGAGGCGUUGAAGAAUUUGAAGCGAUCAAUCGAACGGAAAUCGAUAACAAUGGGAUCAUGUCUUAGUUCCUGGGAUUUUUCAGUUGAUCCCUGUGAUCACAUUUUCAGUGCACGUUUCACCUGUGGAAUCAGGUGUGACUUCAGUCUUGCAGGACUGAGUCGAGUCACCGAGAUUGCCCUCGACUCAGCGGGUUACUCUGGUGAACUCACCAAUAUUACAUGGUUACUCCCUUAUCUCCACACACUUGACCUCUCUGGUAACUCACUCUCUGGCUCACUGCCUGAAUCUCUCUCCAACCUGAUUCGUCUUCGUCAACUCAGCCUCUCGAGGAACUCGUUUUCUCUCUCCAUCCCCACCUCUAUUGGUUCUCUCCCUUACCUUGAAGAGCUCUAUUUAGAUGACAAUAAACUCAGUGGGUCAAUCCCUCCGAGUUUGAACAAACUGAGUCACCUGAAAAACUUUGCAAUCCAACAGAAUCAACUCUCUGGUGAAUUUCCCUUUCUGGGUUCUCUUAGUAACUUGAACAGCUUAGAUGCAAGUAAUAAUAACAUAUCUUCUAUUGGUACUAACCCACUUUCUCUCCCUAUUUCCCUCAUUUCUUUCUCAAUGCGGAACAACAGCUUGAAAGGGGAAAUGCCCAGACAAUUUUUACACAUGAGAUAUCUCGAAGUCUUAGAUCUUAGCUACAAUGAGCUAGUUGGUGCAAUUACAGGGGAAAUUUUUGAGCACCCAUCACUUCAGCAGCUAAGUUUCUCUCAUAAUCAGUUCUCAGCCGUCAUAUCGCCGAGUGGUAAUGUUAGAAGAGGAAGAAAAAUGGUGGCUGUUGAUCUCAGCUACAACAAGAUUAAUGGGUUGUUGCCAAAAUUCUUGGCUGAGUUGCCUAAUCUCUCUGCAUUGUCAUUAGAGCAUAACAGGUUUACUGGGAUGAUACCCUCAGGGUAUGCCUUCAAGGUUAGAACGGCGUCGUUGCAGCGGCUUUUGCUUGGUGGAAAUUACUUGUUCGGACCGAUACCGGACCCGUUGAAGCGUGUCGAGCCUGGUUCGGCUAAAGUGAGCUUGGUGGAUAAUUGCCUGUAUACUUGUCCUGAUACUUUCUUCUUUUGUCAAGGUGGUGAGCAGAAAUCACUUAUUCAGUGCAAGAGUUUAAGGCAUACUAUUCCCUAGAAGUUCAGUUUGGUGAUCAUGAGAUGCAUAUAUCAUAUAUGUAUGUACUAUAUAUAUAUAUGAUCAUGCGUCACUUUUGGUAAGUUUACCUUUAUCAGAUCAGCAAUAUAAAUCUGAUGAUGUUUAAAGAAAAGAGAAAUAAAUUUGGUAAGGGUUUAUAGUGGGUUUUGAAAUUCUACAAUAGACCUAAGAGAGAAAAAAUUAAGUAGCAAAAAUGCAUAUUAUAUUAUGCCUAGGACUCACUAGGUUCUUUAAUUUAAUGCAUUAGCUCCCAUAUAAGAUUGCGGAGUCUUGUUAAUUUGUACUACUUUGCUAGUGAUAUGAAUACGUAAUUUAGCUCUUGA